ACAGUGUGGUUAAGGAUACUAUUUCGGAUAUGUUGACUAGGAUUAGAAAUGCAAAUCUAGCCAAGUAUAGUCUAGUAGAAGUACCUAAUACAAAAAUUAAUUCUAAUAUAGCUAACGUUUUACAGGAAACGGGGUUUAUUGAUUCCUUUGAAUUUAAACUAGAAGGUAAACUAUCUCAACAUAAAAUUUUAAUUUAUUUGAAAUAUAAAGGAAAAAUAAGACAGCCAGUAAUUACUACGAUUAAAAGAAUUAGUAAACCUGGUCUAAGAAUUUAUGCAGGUUGCAAAGAUAUACCUAUAGUCUUAGGAGGACUUGGCAUUGCAAUAGUUUCUACUUCACAAGGAAUUAUGGAUGAUAAGGAUGCACGUUCUAAUAAUAUAGGUGGAGAAAUAUUAUGUUAUAUUUGUAUACCUCAGAAUGUAAAUGUAUAUUUAGAGGAUGAUCAUAUUGUUGUUAAAGGAAAAGAAGGUGAGUUAAGAAAGCAGCUUGUAGAGCAAAUAACAUUUACAAUAAGAGAAGAAAAUAAUAGAUCCAUUUUGAUGAUUGGUAAAAAUAAACAAGAUAAUAAAACUAAUGAGUUAUAUGGAUUAUAUAGAACAUUAAUUAAUAAUAUGAUAAUUGGUGUUAAUACUAAAUUUAGUAAAUAUCUUGAACUCAAAGGAGUGGGAUAUCGUUCUCAAUUAGAAAAUAAAAUAUUAACACUAAAUCUUGGCUAUAGUCAUCCUAUAAAAUUUGUAAUACCUGAUUCAAUUAGUAUAGAAAUUGAAAAUAAUACAAUUAUAAAAAUUAGCGGUAUUGAUAAACAACUAGUAGGAGAAGUAGCAUCAAGAAUACGUAACUUUCGUUUACCAGAACCAUAUAAAGGUAAAGGAAUUCAUUAUAGAGGAGAAUAUAUAAAAUUAAAAGCAGGUAAAACAGGAAAUAGUGAUCGUCCUAGAUUAUACGUAUUUAGGUCAAAUCAGCAUAUUUAUGCCCAAAUUAUUAAUGAUGAAAACAAUAGUAUUAUUACAAGUAGUUCUACUUUAGAUCCUAUGGGUAAUAGCAUGAAAUCACAAGAGAAUGAAUUAGUUGAAAAAGUCGUUCAAGUAAAAAGAGUAACCAAAGUUGUAAAAGGAGGGAAAAAGCUUAGUUUUCGUGUGGUAGUAAUUGUUGGAGAUCAAUUAAAUCAGGUAGGUAUCGGGAUUGGCAAGGCAAGUGAAGUAAUUAGUGCAAUUAGAAAAGCCAUUGCUGAUGGAAAAAAAAAUUUAAUUCAAGUACCAUUAAAUAAAAACUACUCUAUACCUCAUAUUAUUCAAAACUCGUUUGGUGCAGCAUCGAUUAUAUUACGACCAUCUUCUUUAGGAUCGGGAGUUAUUGCAGGUGGGGCUGUACGUAUAGUUUUAGAACUAGCAGGCGUUAAAAAUGUUUUAGCUAAGCAAUUAGGUUCUAAUAAUAAGUUAAAUAAUGCAUAUGCUACAAUUAUUGCACUAAAAAAAUUAAAAAGUAUUCAACAUACAUUAAAACAUAGAGCUUAAUAACCGUAAUAAUAUUAUUAAAAAUAAUUUAAUAUAA